AACUGACGUCAUCGACCGUCGGCGUUCGAGGUGACGCAGACGGCGUUGGACGUAGCACGGCAGAACGGACGCGACUAGCCCAAGCUAACAGUCACACGAACCAAGCUACACAAAAAUCCUCACCGGCAGCUGUUUUACUACACUAGCGACAGCAGCAUCUUUGUGCCGGUCAAAAGGUCUUGCCCAGUCACCAGCUGAAUGAAAUCAUGCAAGGCUGUUUGUGAGUCAGGAGGUGGUCGUGCAAGUGAUGCACCAUGGGCUAUGACGUGACGAGGUUCCAAGGGGAGGUGGAUGAAGACCUACUGUGUCCCAUAUGUAGCGGCGUUCUCGAAGAACCAGUGCAGGCCCCCCACUGUGAGCACGCCUUCUGCAAUGCCUGCAUCACGCAGUGGUUCGCCCAGCAGCAGAUUUGUCCCGUGGACCGCACGGUGGUGACGCUUGCUCACCUGCGGCCCGUGCCACGCAUCAUGCGCAACAUGCUGUCCAAGCUGCAGAUCAGCUGUGACAACGCCAGUUUCGGCUGCACGGCGACGCUUCGACUGGACCAGCUGCAGUCGCACCUCAAGGACUGCGAGCACAACCCCAAACGGCCCGUCAACUGUGAGGAGGGCUGUGGCCUGGAGAUGCCCAAAGACGAGUUGCCCAACCAUAACUGCAUCAAACACUUGCGAAGUGUCGUCCAGCAGCAGCAGAGCAAAAUUUCAGAUCUGGAGAAAACUGUGGCUGAACAUAAACACCAGCUGGGCGAACAAAAGCGAGACAUUCAGCUGCUCAAAGCGUACAUGCGUGCCAUCCGCAGCGCUAACCCCAACCUACAAAACCUGGAGGAGACCAUCGAGUACAAUGAGAUCUUGGAGUGGGUGAACUCCAUGCAGCCCGCCAGGGUGACUCGCUGGGGCGGCAUGAUCUCCACCCCCGACGCCGUGCUGCAGGCCGUCAUCAAGCGCUCGCUCAUCGACAGCGGCUGCCCGCUCUCCAUCGUCAACGAUCUAAUCGAGAACGCCCACGAGCGCAAUUGGCCGCAGGGCCUGGCCUCACUGGAGACGCGGCAGAUGAAUCGGCGCUACUACGAGAACUACGUGGCCAAGCGCAUCCCGGGCAAGCAGGCGGUGGUGGUGAUGGCCUGUGAGAACCAGCACAUGGGGGAGGACAUGAUCCUGGAGCCCGGUCUGGUCAUGAUCUUUGCGCACGGCGUGGAGGAGAUCCUAUAACUACACUGCGACCAACAAAUCUGGUUUAUUUAAGGAAAUUAAAAAAAAAGUGAACUGUUGAUACCUAUGCCUUAAGGAAGGACAAAGAUGCUAUCAACAUGGCAAGUAGAGCUAAUAAUGUGACUGAUACGAUAAACAAUGAGUUGUGAUGUUUACAUCAAAUUAUAUUUAGUGCAUUAUACAUUCUGAUUGUUCUGCUAAUUGCAUUGUAGAGUGAAACACUUUUUAACGGUUCAUUCGAAGAGGAACCUUUCUGCUGGAUGGGUUUGCCAUGAACUCUGAACCUUGUCUGGCAUCAAGCGAACCAAUCGUGGCACAGGAAACAGUGGAUUUUGAAACUAUUUUAGCCGUUUGGGUCCAUUGUUAGUCAACACGCUAUAGACUUUGCUUGCUAACGGGCUACUCGCGUCUUCUCAAUGGCGUGCAUGUACCACCAUCCAGCACACUCCUAUUUGCGCUGGAUUCAUGAGCACCACGUUAUCAAUUGUUUCAAUGCGUUGGUACCUCGAUCGUGUAAAUGUUUGUAAAUACAAAUACUAUAUUGACUCGAAGAUGUCAUUAUCUUCCUCCCCUCUCUGAUUCCAUAUUUCCCCUGCUUCUUUUUUUUUUUCCAUUGAAAAAAAAUAUUUUUUUGUUGGUUUCACAUAUUUGUCUUUCACGAGCCGUUUCCUGGCUUUAAGAUAAUUGUCGUGCUGUUUAUAUUCCUCCCAAGGUUUCCAAUUCCCAUUCGCAUUGUCGAAUUUUCUGUGCCAUUUUGUUUUUAUUUAUUUUGUUGCCUUUCACAUGCGUGCGCAUACACACACACACACACACACAAUGCUUGAAGAAGAAGUUUGCCUUUUUCGGUGUAUUUGAAGUUUGUUGCAGGAACAAGACAUAUUGUGUUUUCUGUAGUUUUUUGUUGGUCGGCUGGGUGCAGAUGUGAAGUGAUACGUUAAAGUUCAAGUUUAACAUACGUAUGGGAAUUAUGUUAUGACCGCAAUGGUUGCCUUUGUUCUUUAUGUUGUCCAAGUGUAGUCUGCAUUCAGCAAACAUCUCGAACUAGUGGUCACAGCGUGGAGAUUGUAAAACAUAUUAGUGAAGUCACGCUUGUGACUUAAAAAGUGUAUCCUCUCACUACUUAUCCUCAUAACUGUACUGAGACAAAUAUGACCCACAAGAGCAGUAAAAGCAACUUUGUAUUGUAUCCUUUUGUUAUUCUCUUUGGUAAUGCUUUUCAUUUGUUUUGUGUUAGUGUAUCUUGUGGUACAGACAAAUGAAUAAAAUGUCAGAAGUUUAUUGUCAGUGGGCUAACCGUGAAAUUUCAGCAUUCGAGUGCCCUUACAAUAGGUCAGCAACCUUUUUGAAACGGCUGCUUCUUGGUUACUGAUUAAGGCUACCACUUGUAUGUGUACUUCUGAAUUAAAUUUGUUGAAAUGA